AUGUUUUUCAAUAUUCCUACAGUAUUAACAUUUCUAGCCCUUGGAGAUUUCAAUAUUCCUACAGUAUUAACAUUUCUAGCCCUCGGAGAUUUCAAUAUUCCUAGAGUAUUAACAUUUCUAGCCCUCGGAGAUUUCAAUAUUCCUACAGUAUUAACAUUUCUAGCCCUUGGAGAUUUCAAUAUUCCUACAGUAUUAACAUUUCUAGCCCUCGGAUAUUUCAAUAUUCCUACAGUAUUAACAUUUCUAGCCCUCAGAGAUUUCAAUAUUCCUACAGUAUUAACAUUUCUAGCCCUCGGAGAUUUCAAUAUUCCUACAGUAUUAACAUUUCUAGCCCUCGGAGAUUUCAAUAUUCCUACAGUAUUAACAUUUCUAGCCCUCAGAGAUUUCAAUAUUCCUACAGUAUUAACAUUUCUAGCCCUCAGAGAUUUCAAUAUUCCUACAGUAUUAACAUUUCUAGCCCUCGGAGAUUUCAAUAUUCCUACAGUAUUAACAUUUCUAGCCCUCGGAGAUUUCAAUAUUCCUACAGUAUUAACAUUUCUAGCCCUCGGAGAUUUCAAUAUUCCUACAGUAUUAACAUUUCUAGCCCUCGAUAUUUCAAUAUUCCUACAAUAUUUCAAUAUUCCUACAGUAUUAACAUUUCUAGCCCUCGGAUAUUUCAAUAUUCCUACAGUAUUAACAUUUCUAGCCCUCGGAGAUUUCAAUAUUCCUAGAGUAUUAACAUUUCUAGCCCUUGGAUAUUUCAAUAUUCCUACAGUAUUAACAUUUCUAGCCCUCGGAGAUUUCAAUAUUCCUACAGUAUUAACAUUUCUAGCCCUCGGAGAUUUCAAUAUUCCUACAGUAUUAACAUUUCUAGCCCUCGGAGAUUUCAAUAUUCCUACAGUAUUAACAUUUCUAGCCCUCGGAGAUUUCAAUAUUCCUACAGUAUUAACAUUUCUAGCCCUCGGAGAUUUCAAUAUUCCUACAGUAUUAACAUUUCUAGCCCUCGGAGAUUUCAAUAUUCCUACAGUAUUAACAUUUCUAGCCCUCGGAGAUUUCAAUAUUCCUACAGUAUUAACAUUUCUAGCCCUCGGAGAUUUCAAUAUUCCUACGACCCCCCUUGGAAAGUCUGUGUGCCCGACUUGCCCCUUCUUUAAUGAUUGGAGAAACGCCACUGCCACAACACAAUAUGAAGGCACUCAACUCUCCGCACAAUUUCAAAAUUUACAAAAAAAAAAUGUGAAAAAAAAGGUGAAAAAAAGAAUGUUUUUCAUUAUUUCUACUGUUUUUACAUAUUUAGCCCUCAGAGAUUUCAAUAUUCCUACAGUAUUAACAUUUCUAGCCCUCAGAGAUUUCAAUAUUCCUACAGUAUUAACAUUUCUAGCCCUCGGAGAUUUCAAUAUUCCUACAGUAUUAACAUUUCUAGCCCUCGGAGAUUUCAAUAUUCCUACAGUAUUAACAUUUCUAGCCCUCGGAUAUUUCAAUAUUCCUACAGUAUUAACAUUUCUAGCCCUCGGAUAUUUCAAUAUUCCUACAGUAUUAACAUUUCUAGCCCUCGGAGAUUUCAAUAUUCCUACAGUAUUAACAUUUCUAGCCCUCGGAGAUUUCAAUAUUCCUACAGUAUUAACAUUUCUAGCCCUCGGAUAUUUCAAUAUUCCUACAGUAUUAACAUUUCUAGCCCUCGGAUAUUUCAAUAUUCCUACAGUAUUAACAUUUCUAGCCCUCGGAGAUUUCAAUAUUCCUACAGUAUUAACAUUUCUAGCCCUUGGAGAUUUCAAUAUUCCUACAGUAUUAACAUUUCUAGCCCUCGGAGAUUUCAAUAUUCCUACAGUAUUAACAUUUCUAGCCCUCGGAGAUUUCAAUAUUCCUACAGUAUUAACAUUUCUAGCCCUCGGAGAUUUCAAUAUUCCUACAGUAUUAACAUUUCUAGCCCUCGGAGAUUUCAAUAUUCCUACAGUAUUAACAUUUCUAGCCCUCAGAGAUUUCAAUAUUCCUACAGUAUUAACAUUUCUAGCCCUCGGAUAUUUCAAUAUUCCUACAGUAUUAACAUUUCUAGCCCUCGGAGAUUUCAAUAUUCCUACAGUAUUAACAUUUCUAGCCCUCAGAGAUUUCAAUAUUCCUACAGUAUUAACAUUUCUAGCCCUCAGAGAUUUCAAUAUUCCUACAGUAUUAACAUUUCUAGCCCUCGGAGAUUUCAAUAUUCCUAGAGUUUUAACAUUUCUAGCCCUCGGAGAUUUCAAUAUUCCUACAGUAUUAACAUUUCUAGCCCUCGGAGAUUUCAAUAUUCCUACAGUAUUAACAUUUCUAGCCCUCGGAGAUUUCAAUAUUCCUACAGUUUUAACAUUUCUAGCCCUCAGAGAUUUCAAUAUUCCUACAGUAUUAACAUUUCUAGCCCUCGGAUAUUUCAAUAUUCCUACAGUAUUAACAUUUCUAGCCCUCGGAGAUUUCAAUAUUCCUACAGUAUUAACAUUUCUAGCCCUCGGAGAUUUCAAUAUUCCUACAGUAUUAACAUUUCUAGCCCUCGGAGAUUUCAAUAUUAUCUUGUUUUAA